GCGGCCCGCUUUAUAGACGCGCGGCGGUGGGCCAGGGGUCGGCAUGGCGCGGUUGCUGGCGGUGCUGGUCGUGCUGCUGCGCGCGCUCCGCCCGCUCCGCCCGCUCCCCUCCUCUGCGUCCGGCAACGGUUCCCUGGUUCGGUGCCCCCCCGAGAAGUUCCACUGUGCGGUUCUGCUCGACCCCCAAACCGACUGCUACCCCCUGGAGUGGCUCUGCGACGGUCAUCCCGACUGCGAUGAUGAACGGGACGAACUGGACUGCGGAGCGAUCGGGAGCACAGCCGUGCCCACCGCCGGCGAUACGGAGGCUUCGUCUGUCCCUGCACCCGGGCGUGCUCUGCCAUCCAGGAAUCACGGCCGCAUGUGGAUGGUGAUCGUUGCAGUGCUCCUGAGCUGCCUGGUAGCUGUGGGUGGUAUCGCUGCAUGGGGGAAGUCCAAAGCAAAAAGCAGGUCUGACAUCUUCAGUCUCGAAAAUGCCUCCAGGGAGCAGUUGGUGCCUGACAAGAGCCAGGCAGACCUGUUCUCCUGACAGGGAUCUUUCUCUGUGAGGUGGUAAGAUGGGACUGACCUGCUCUCCCUGCUGCUCACCAUGGAAGCUGGCUGAAUUUGGACGUGAAUCUGAUUUGCUGUUGUACUCGGAUCUCCCAUUGGAAAUGAGUCUUAGAUGGUAGCACUGUGGGACUUGAAACAGGACAGGACCUUCCCCAGUGCUGUGAAGUCACCCCUCCUGCAGAUCACAGAAAUUCCCUCUUUUUGCCUGCAAGGAUUAUUGGUGCUGCUUCUCAUCACCGUGGCCUUCAACCUGUAGGUUUAAUUCUCCAUGAAGGUGCAGUGCCAGGUGCUGCUCUGCCACCCCUCUCAGCAGAGCUCACUGAACCCACACACAUCAGCUGUGCGCUCCCUGAGCCUCCUUUUGCUGGAGGUUUUGAGUGUUUGGUGUCUUGCUUUCAGCUUGAAAUAACGAGUUCCUUGGGUCAAAUGCUGUGAGAGCUCUG